CUGCAGAAGAAGAGUAUUUAAACAUCCAAGGAUCAGAGAAGAACAUUUUGCACUCAGACAUUCUGAGGCUGCAGGAACAAUGUGGUGCACUGAGAAGAGAACUAGAGUUCAGAAGGGCGUGAAGCUACAUGGUGCCCAUCACCUUGGAUGCAGCAUGGAAACACCCCAAACUCACUGUUUCCCCGACCAGAGAACAUUCCACCACGAGUGCCUAGGCCAGGAGCCAGCCAUUGAGCACCAGCUCCCCAUCGUGGUAGCGAGGGAGGGCUUUGCCUCCGGGCGGCAGUACUGGGAGGUGCAGUUGUGGGACGGGCUAGACUGGGAGGUGGGGGUGCUGACAGAGUCUGUGAGGGAGAGUCUGAAAGGGGGAAGCUGGCAGGACCUCCCUGAGGAUGGUGUCUGGUCACUGAGGAGAGUAAAGGGGCAGUUUGGACCUGAAGAGGCCAAAACUGUGAUAGAGGAGAGAAAUGAAAAACCAGCAGUCAUUGACGUAGACCUGGACCUUUCACAGAGCACACUCUCCUUUUAUGACAUUGCAGUUUCAGUCUCUAUGCUAGAAAUUCCCAUUGAAAGGUCAACAAGGUUGUACCCAUUCCUCAGGCCAGGCUUCGGUGGGGCAGGAGAGAAAGGGAAACCCCUCAGCAUCAACCACAACACAGACUGGGAUUUCCCACAGACAUUUAAGAGUGAAAUGAGAUAUGCAAAAGUCAGCUGAGCUGUAGUCGCCUGGGAGAAGGAGAAGGGAAAGUGCAAGAGCCAGAGCAGGACAGUGACUUAUCUGUUGUCUCCAACCAAACCCUGGCUAUUAAAGUCAGGCAAGCUUGAAGUGAGGGAUUCAGGAGGACCUUGAGGUAGAACUGUGCAUGACCUUUGCAGUGUGAUGAACCCCCCUUGCCUCCUAAGAGGAGCCAUCAGGAGCUAUCAACCUGGACAAAGGGAUUGCAAUCACAGG